UCUCUCUCUUCUCUCCAGUUUUGCUUAAAGAGACGGCGAUGAAUGGCGCGCUUUGGAAGGGAAUCCGCGUAAUAACGCACCAGGAGGUUUCCCCAAAUCUAAGCACUCCGCGCCACGCAAAGCUAGGGUUUGUCACUCCCGGGCCCGGCAGCUUCGCGAAGCUGGCCAUGGCGGCGACGACCGUGGCGAGGCGGCCGACGGUGUGCAUUGGCGAUGUGCACGGCCACUUGAUCCGGCUGCGCGCGCUGUGGCGGAAUCUGGAAGCGGGACUGGGCGCGCUGUUCGCAUCGGCCACGGUGAUUUUCCUCGGGGAUUACUGCGACAGGGGCCCCGAUACCGCCGGGGUGCUGGAUUUCCUCGUCGCAUUGCCCGCCUCGUAUCCCUCCCAGAAGCACGUCUUCCUGUGCGGGAAUCACGACUUUGGGAUGUCGGCCUUCCUGGGGCUGCUCCCGGCGGUGCCCGGCUUCCCGUUUAGCCGGACGUGGGAGGGGACCAAGGGCGCCGAGGAGAAGCAGGAGGCGGAGGGGUGGUGGAGCGGGCGUGGAUUCGAGGACAUGCACUUGCAAGGGAGGCGAUGGGGUGGCAGGGUCAAGGCCAAGUUUAACGUGAAGAAGAACAUGGAGUACAGGGGCUCCAUCUUUGAUUCGGAGCCCACGUUUAGCUCUUACGGGGUGGAGCAUGGCGAUCGGGAAGGACUGCUUGGUGCUGUUCCUGAGGAUCACAAGGCAUUCUUGCGGAAGCUCGUGUGGAUCUACGAGCAGGAUGGAAGCGAGAGCUGCGGCAAGCUCGUUGCAGUUCACGCGGGGCUUGAAGCAGCGCGGCCCCUGGAAGAGCAGCUGAGAGUUCUCAGGGAGAAGGACGUGAGGCUUUCGAGGCACGAGAACAUGCUGGGACGGAGCAACGUGUGGAAUGCUCCAGAGGAGCUUGUCAAGGAUGGCGUGAUGGUGGUGAGCGGCCAUCACGGAUCGCUGCAUAUGGAGAGUCACAGGCUUAUAAUCGACGAGAGUGGCGGACAGGAUAACAUGCCCCUGGCUGCCGUCGUGCUUCCUGGUAGACAAAUCGUCCGAGACACAGAUAGUAUUGGUCACGUCCUGGAUGGUUUGGCACAAUCACCUCUCUCUCUCCAAGCUAGUGCGGAUUGAGAUAAAAGAGUUUACCUGAGGGUAGGGCAACGAGAGAAAGAUGGCUUUGUUUUGCCAGGCAA